AUUUCUGUAUCAUCUAAAUAGAAUUGAUAAAGACAGGAAAGGUACGGUUUAAUGCACUUUUAGAAUAAAUACUAUAAAUACUAAUACUACCAAACUUUAAACUGAUGCCUGUGCUUCUCAUCUCCUGACAGCUCUAGGUCUGACUCCUUGUCCAGGAUUGUGGGGAAAAUCCUUUCUGCCUCAGUCUGCCCUCUGCUUCCUGAAAUUUGAACACAAAAUGUGAGGUCCCUACAAAGGACACUGAAUAAAAAUAAAGAGCCUCUAAGCACCGACUACAGCUGCGGCUUUCCAGAGACCCACGGUGGAGCUACAUGAACAUCCUCUUCGACAGACAUUGACAAUAAUGGCUACUGAAAACUUCGAACUGACCGGCGAUGCGGACAAAAACGGCGAGGCAGAGGCCCCGCGGCGGGGCCAUGAGAGGCGGCUACAGAGAUCCCUGAAUAUGAACCACUAUGCCAAUAAGAAGAGUGCAGCAGAAAGCAUGUUGGAUGUAGCUCUGCUCAUGGCUAAUGCCUCCCAGCUGAAGGCAGUGAUGCAGCAAGGACCAAGCUUCACCUUUUAUGUGCCCCUCAUUAUUCUCAUUAGCAUCUCUCUCACUCUGCAAAUCCUAGUCGGAGUUCUGCUCAUUUUCAUAGUUAAGUGGAAUCUAAAUGAUGAAAGAAAUCACUACAGAUUGGACAUCUUGGAGAAUGUGACCACAGCUUUCGUCUUUAUCAUAGUGGUUAUCAACGUCUUCAUUACGGCCUUCGGUGUCCAGCAGCCCAGCUCGAGCGGUUGAUUGUGUUUUAAAUAGUUUUCAAUCCCUACUGAUCAAUUUAGUAAAGGCAGGAUAUCCAGACACGGAGAGACAAGAUAUUUAUUCACCAAACUGGCUGGCAUGCAGGUGUAUUUGCUUUUCUGUAAUUCAACCUAUCAGGUCUCAGGAGAACCAGUGAACUCAGAGAAUCAAGUUACAGUAUAUUGUCUGCUGUGUGUGUGUGUGUGUGUGUGUGAGAGAGUAAAAGGAGUUCCUCAGACCACGGCCAGUCAUGCACAACUUGUGUUGAUCAGUUCUUAUUUCAUGUGGCUGUUAACUAGUCUGUUACCUCUUAUAAUGCUCAGGUUACUGAUGCAAACAAAUAAUUGUCUGUAUGCAGAAAACAAACAUCAGGAGCAAUAGUCAGUCACAAUCACUGUGAAGGUUUCCCAAACAACAGUUAAAGAAGACCACCUGCUUUUAAGUUCUUAAACAGGUUAGUAUGCCUUUAUGUUUUUGGAAAAAAAACAAACAAACAAAAAUCACAGUUACUACCACAGAAUCCAAAGACAAUUAACAAUGGUGAGUGCAUCAUGAUUCAUUCUGUGUUGCUGCUGUAAGAGGUAUUAUAUAUGUAACAGCUUUACCAUUCUAAUAAUGUUUACAGUGGGCCUUAACUGCUUUAUUUUUUAAAGAGCUAUGCAAAAUCUGUCUAAAGAAAAUUUCAACCUCCUAGCAUACACCAGCUCAUUGUUGACCCACCUACAGUUAAGAGUUUUUGGUUUGGUUAAUGUCCACCACGUUUCUUAAAGAAUUUUCCCCUGGAUGGGAAACCCCAAAUGAACCAAAAAGAAAUGCAUUACACCUCAUCAACGGUGGUUGAAAUAAAACCAAACCCUAACUCAUGAUGGAUUACCGGUGACCUGGUGGAUGUUAACAGGUUAAACUUAUUUCCUUGCCUAUAUUAGUUUGUUUAUUGUGAAUUAUAUGGUUACUUUUAGACUUUUUUUUUAAAUGCAUUUUUAAGGAUCAUUGUCUUUAUCCUUUAAUAAUCUCAUGUUACACACUGCCUAUUUUUAAACAAUUUGUUAUACAAAAUAAAACUACAUAACCAUCAAGUUGAGUGUUUUUUUGUUGUUACUGGUUUAUUGUGCGAAGACAAAAGUCAGUUUUACAAAAUGAUGGCAUUCCCACAUGUAAGGCACAGGACACACAAAUCAUGACAAACUGGCUUUAUGUUAACUAAUUUUCACCACAAGUCAAAUUUUUAUGUUUAGAGGUUGUUGAUUACAAGGCACAAACACAAAAUUAAUUUAAACUACAAUUUGCCACAAUAUUAGCAUCUGACAUCCUGAGAAUUAACCUUCAAACCAUGAAGGUUUAAGCAACAUUACUAGUAUAUCUUGUGUGCGUUUUUACAGAAAAUACUAUGAAGUUGUA